AGAAUCUUUAUUAUUUAUGGGGUUAUUUUUUAACUAAUAAUGCAUUCCUGUAAUUUACAAAUAAACUUUACAAGUCACUACUCACUAGUUAUUUGCUAAAAUUAAUAGUUAAUAAAUGAUAUUUCUGUUUAGAUGUUGGAUUUCAUUUUUUAAUAUUAAUUAUAGUUAGUUUUAGAUUCUAGCCUCCAAUUACAUUUAAAAUAUUAACAAUGUCCAGACUUUCUAAAGAAGAAAUAGCUAAGCAAUUUAUGCUUCCUGAGCGUAAGUCAAAAAUCGCUACUCUGCUUAAACAAGAUGGCCAAGCUUACUGUAUUUGUCGAUCAUCUGAUAGUUCAAGAUUUAUGAUAGGUUGUGAUGCAUGUGAAGAUUGGUAUCACGGUGACUGUAUAGGAAUAACAAGAAAACAAUCUAAGCUUAUUAAACAAUAUUUUUGUGAUAAAUGUAAAUCUGAAGACCCUACAUUGAAAACAGUAUUUAAGACUUCAUUAAGUCGUAGUGAAAAUAAAGAAAAAAAUGAUCAAUUUGAUACUAGUAAACUUGACAAUCGUGGAAGACAUCAUCACAAGUACAAAUCAUGUGGUCGAUGUGAUAACUGCAAACAAACUGAAGACUGUGGAUUGUGUUUUGGGUGUAUUGAAAUGCGAAGAUUUGGUGGAACAAACUUAUGUGAAAACAGAAAAUGUCAAAAACUCAACAAACAGGAAAAUAGAUCAGCAUCAAAACCCAUUAAACGAAAACGUAAAGACUCGAGUUCUGAUGCAGAACACAAUAUUAAUUUACCAGUCGCAAAUCGUGGCCAAUGUUAUGGCCCUGGUUGUACACAAAUGGCUAGACAUAAUUCAAAAUACUGCUCGGAUAAAUGUGGGAUAAAUUUGGCCAAUGCAAGAAUUUUUCAUGUGCUACCUCCAAGACUCCAAGAAUGGAGUUUAUCACCAUGCAUUGCCGAAGAAACUAAUAAAAAAAACUUAGAAGUAGUAAGGAAGGAGCAGCUAGAAGUCAGAGAUAUAUUAAAAGAAUUAGACAAGAGACAUAAGGAGUUAGAUAAAUUAUUAGAAAAGUCGAAAUUACUAACUGUGGAUCUAAAUCAAGAAGUACAAGACGUUGAUGAAGAAAUGAGCAUGCAUUGUGUGACUUGUGGACAUGAAAUACAUACUAGAACUGCUAUUAAACAUAUGGAAAAAUGUUUUAACAAGUAUGAAAGUCAAUCAUCAUUUGGAUCUAUAUACAAGACUAGAAUUGAUGGUAACAACAUGUUUUGUGAUUUUUAUAACUCGUCGCAAGGUACCUAUUGUAAAAGAUUAAGAGUAUUAUGUCCAGAACAUUUCAAAGACUUUACUAUUAUAAGCGACACUGAGGUAUGUGGUUGUCCAUUGGUUUCAAAUGUAUUCAAUUUAACUGGGGAAUUUUGUCGCGCUCCAAAAAAAAAUUGCAUUAAACAUUUCUGCUGGGACAAAUUAAGACGUGCUGAAAUUGACAUGGAAAGAGUUCGCCAGUGGUUAAAACUAGAUGAAUUAGUUGAGAAAGAACGGCAGAUAAGACAUAGAAUGUCAACACGUGCUGGUGUUUUAGCUUUAAUGUUACAUUCAACGUAUGACCAUGAUAUGAUGGAACGCCUUACAUCUGAAGCUAAUUCCAAACAUCAAAGAGAAAACAAUCCUAGUACUUUAUCAAAAUUAACCGUAGCACCUGAUGAAUAGUGCUGAGUUACUAUUCUGAAUGAAAAUUCAUUUACAAGAAUGGUGACCUCUGGAUGUGUUUAAUGAAACAUUCUUUACUUAUGAGUACUUGUGUUUUUUUUCUAUCCCUUAAAAUUUGUAUUCAUAAUUCAAUUGUAAUUAUCCAUUAACCUUGAUGUAAAAUUUAAUAAAAAUAUGAAAAAUUCAUAACUGUUAUUUGAUUGAUUCUGUUUUACCCAGAAUUGUACCAAGAAAAUAUUUAUCAUUGUGUUUGCUGAGAACCUUCUAGGCAAAACUUCAGUAAAUCAUUCAAGAAUUGUUACCUAUAGCUACUUGAGUAAUUCAACUAUUUUAAAUCAAUAUUUUUGAUUGGUAACUGGUAAAUAAAUUUAAUAGUUUGUAAUACUGUCGUAUAAAUGGACACUAUACCACCCAUUUUUAAGGAGUAAAGUAUAGGCAAUUUUUCCCAAAAUCUUAAUAAGAGCUUGCAAUACAGUGUAUACUUAUUAAUACAGUAAUGAGGAUUCUUUAGUGAUUGGCGAUUGCCAUCUUUCGUUACAUUAUCACAGUAAUCCUAUAAGAUAAAUUAAAAACAAAAUUCCCAUCAAAAUUGCUUUGCGUUGGAAGAACAGAUAUGAAAACCCUCCCCAUUUAUUAAAAGCUACCCAGAACAUGUUUUUUUAACAUAAUUUUUAAUUUGAUGGCCACUUAAUUAAAAAAAACAUUUGAUUACUUUUUACUCUGAAGACAACAAAAAUAAUUUGCGAGCGGCUCCUAAAUUAACACUCUCAUAUCUUCCCUGGGCCCUUUGAAAAAAUGCGUGUUUAUUUAGCCGCCUAAGUAUUUAGUAUGAGUGUCACUGCUGGAAUGAAAGCCUUUAAAGAAAUAAACAUUUUACCUGAUGCAUCACUGCCCACAAUUAAUUUUAUUGAAAAUAUGGAAAAAUUGUUUGACAUUUAAUUUAU